AGAAGUCCGCCCUUCCCUUUUGUACAAGAUUUGCUGUUUUGUCACAAGAUGUUUUAUACUUCACUGGUACAGGUUGUUUCUGGAAAAAUAUAAUUUUAAAGAUUAAACAUGAGAUUUAAAAAAUUGAGGAUUCUGAAAAUAAUCUCCAUUUCAGUGUCCCUUUUUUUGCUGAUCUAUCUAGGACGAAUGACAAAUGGUCCUCAUAGGAAAGAGCUGGUAUUGAAUCACUUACUAAAGCAGGAUGUUGGAGAACUACAGGCUUGUUCUGCUAUUAUCCAAGGAGACAUGGACGGAGUGGACAAGGACAUUUUCGGGAAGCUCUUGGCCUCGAAAAGAAAAAAGAGGAAAUCCCUGCUGUCCGAAUCAUUCUAUCUCAACGCAACCAAGGAUUGUCCAUCCUACAUCCGAGACAGAGGGUUUCUGAUGCUUUCUCUCAGUAAAGAGGAGAAAGAUUUCCCCAUUGCUUACUCAAUGGUGAUCCACGAGAAGAUUGAGAUGUUUGAAAGGCUCUUAAGGGCCAUUUACACUCCUGACAAUGUGUACUGUGUUCAUGUGGACCUGAAGUCACCUGAGAUCUUUAAAGAAGCAGUUAGGGCCAUUGUGUCCUGCCUGACCAAUGUGUUUGUGGCCAGCAAACUGGAGAAUGUGAUCUACGCCUCUUGGUCUCGAGUUCAAGCGGACAUCAACUGCAUGCAGGAUCUGCUCAAGUCACCUGUCCAGUGGAGGUAUCUGCUCAACACCUGUGGCAAUGAUUUCCCCAUUAAAACCAAUGGAGAAAUGAUCCAGUCACUAAAACUCCUAAACGGAAAGAACAGUUUGGAGUCCGAGACCGUAAAGUCCAAAAAGGUGCGCUGGCAGUACCAUCACAAUGUUACGAAUGUUGUGACUCGGACCGAUGUUACAAAGUCACCCCCGCCAAUACAGAGCCCUAUGUUCACAGGAAAUGCUUACUUUGUGGUUUCAAGAGAGUUUGUGGAACACAUCUUUAAAAGCGAAGAGAUUCAAGAUUUCAUGGAAUGGGUGAAAGACACAUACAGUCCAGAUGAGCACAUGUGGGCUACGUUACAGCGGAUGCAUUCAGUACCAGGAUCCAACCCUCCAAACAGUAAGUACGAGCAAUCAGACAUGAACUCAAUUGCUCGUCUAGUGAAGUGGAGCUACCAUGAAGGAGAUAUAAAGAGUGGGGCUCCCUACCCACCAUGCACUGGGAUGUACAGACGGGCAGUGUGUGUCUAUGGAGCUGGGGACUUGAAAUGGAUUGUGAGGCAACACCAUCUUUUGGCAAACAAGUUUGAUCCAGAAGUAGAUGAUGUAGCAAUCAAAUGUAUGGAGGCUUUUUUAAGGUACAAAGCUAUUUAUGGUCAAUCAUUAGUAACAGUUAAAAAAAUCUGACAUUAUUUUAUGAUGUUUUAAUGACAGGUACAGUAUCUAUUUGUAUAUUUGGUAACACUUUAUUUUGAUAGUCCACUUUAGACAUUCUACUAACUAUAAGUAACUUUGCAGCUACAUCUCAAUAACUCUCAUUAGAGGAUUAGUAGAC